GCACCAAUGUCGAACCGAAAGUACGCACUAUUAUUAUUCUUUGGUAUAUUCGUUUUUCAGGUUGCCCAUGCAACAGAAAAAUGUAAUUACUGUCGUGGCAUUAAUUGUCAAAGAAGUACCUAUCAGUCUGUAGAGGAAUGCUCUGAUAAAUUGGAUACCUGUGUCAGUGUUUUCCAUGAUGGUGUGAUCCAUUCGCAGGGCUGCCUGGAAAGCCUCGAGGACCAUUGUGAUGAUGCCUCGGGCAUGGAAUGUGUUAAGUGUGCGGUGGAUAAUUGCAAUAAUAAAAGCCUAGUAUCAUGUGUCCAGUGUGUGGAUAGUGAGGAUGUAAAUUGCCGCUCAAAUCCUGAAAGUCUGACAGCCAAAUCAUGUGCAAUUGCUCGAUCAGGUAGAAAUUUUUGUUCUACAACAAUUACCGAUGAUGGCCAGCAUGUGGAACGAGGCUGUGUAAUUAGUCUAGCUGAGCAGAUAAAUUGCCUUAACGAUGCCAAUUGUUAUUUGUGCGAUCCAGUAGAGAAAUCAAGUUGUAACAAUCAUUUGGUUGAAGGUUUUGUGGAUAGCACAGAGGCCCCAAGCCCCAGUCCAACGUCGACGAGCUCUCCGGGAGAGUCAACUCAAGAAACUACAUCCCCUUCCCCCCCAACAGCGAAUCCUACUACCGUACCUCCAGAACCAUCACCUACAACCACUGAAAAUCCCGGUGGCGGUGGUGGUGCUGGCACUUUGAGUGUUUCUCUCCUUUUGAUUUUAGCUCAUUGCAUGGCAUUGUAUUUUUAAUCGCUGAUAUUGAUCAGACCCAAUAAACGCAAAAAAAAACAACA